GCUCCAGUGGUCGGCCGGCUGCCGGUUUUAUAAACAUGGAGGAAGUGAGAAAGAAAUUUACUCCUUGUAUCAUUGUUCAUGGCGGUGCCUGGGCUAUUCCAGAUCAUUACCGUGAGGUUUGUUGCUCUGGAAUACAAGAAGCAGUAAAAGCAGGCUAUACUUGUCUUAAAAAUGGGGAAAGUGCAUUAAAUGCUGUUGAGAAAGCUGUCAAUUGUAUGGAAGAUAAUCCAAACUUCAACGCUGGACACGGCUCUGUACUCAAUGAACUAAACCAAGUAGAAUGUGAUGCAAUGAUAAUGGAGGGGAGAACAUUAAAUUCAGGAGCUGUUAUGGCUGUGAAUCAUUUUUCCAAUCCAGUAUCAUUUGCAAGGAAAAUCAUGGAAAGGACUCCACAUUGUGCAUUAGACAGCAAAGGGGCAUUGUCAUUUGCCAAGAAGAUUAACUUUCCUAUUCUGGAAGAUCCAUUGGAACUGGUGACAUCACAAGCAAAGUCAAGGGAGAAUUUCUAUGGAAAUUAUGAGAAUGCCAUCGAAGGCCAUAUUGGAAAGUCUACUCAAGAUUAUCAUGAUACUGUGGGUGCUGUUGCUAUGGAUGAAACUGGAUGUAUAGCUUGUGCAACAUCAACAGGUGGCUUGCCAGCUAAGAUGCAAGGCCGUAUUGGUGACAGUCCUCUCAUUGGUUGCGGAGGAUAUGCUAAUGAAUACGGUGGAUGCUCAACUACCGGUCAUGGUGAAUCAAUGAUGAAGAUAACGUUAGCAAGAGAAGUGAUUUUCAACAUUGAAAAAGGAAAAAAUGCACAGGUUUCAGCGGAAGAAGCCAUCGAAAAAAUGAAAAAUCGUCUUGAUGGCCAUGGUGGCGUGAUCGUCAUAGACUGUCAUGGCAACUUUGGGAAAGCGUUCAACACGGAGAAAAUGGCCUGGGCACGAAUAAAAGAUAAUGUUCUCGAAUACGGUGUGGAACACAACGAAUGCGUGCAAGUAACGUUGAUUUAGCGAAUUUGUUUUUAAAUUUUCUUAUCAAUGUUUUACAUUUUGGUUAAAGUCUUUGACAUGUCGGCAGAUAGGACGAUCGUGUGUGGUAAAAACUGCUGGAUAUUGUUUUAUUUACUGCAUGCCCGCUUAUGAUAACAAUACUUAGAGAAUUGAACUAAACUCUUUAAUAAAUUUCGCCCUAUGCUCAGGA